ACUUUAUAUACCCAUUUAUUGUAUAAUUUCUUUUUCUUAAUAAAAGUAAACUAAAAACAAAAUAAAAUAAAUAUGGGUAGUGGUCUAUCUCGAUCAAGCCAAACGUCUAGUGUUAGGCGUUCUCAUCGCAACAAACCAGCGCGUGAUAUUUAUCCCGAAAAACGUACAUCGACAGCACAAGGACAACGGAUAGUCGAAGGCCGUAUUUAUCAUUCUGAACAAGACAGCAAUUAUCCUCUCCCUAUGGACGACCGAGAAAUCGAUAGACUCCACGAAGAACACUUUUUGACAAAGGAACUCUUGGGAUGUAAUAUCAUGAGGGAGGCCACAAAGAGACUUGAUUUUCAGGGCGGUGAAUUACACAUUUUGGAUGUCUGCUGUGGUCCAGCAACAUGGCUUUGUCAGACCAGUCUCGAAUACCCCAAUUGCCAUUUCUCCGGUGUAGAUAUGUCUACUAUGUGGCCCCAAAUCAUCCGCCCAGUCAACCUGAGUUUUACUAGAGCUAAUGUUUUACAUGGACUACCUUAUCCAGAUCAAUAUUUUGAUUUUGUACAGUUGAGAUUUGUCGCACUUGCCUUCAAGUCAGAUGAAUGGACCCGGGUUAUACUGGAAAUCAAAAGAGUUUUGAAAGACGGAGGAAUGUUUCAGUGCAUUGACCUUGAUAUGACGAUAUCAAAAGGAGGAAGUGAUAUUUACUCUGCAACAUCAGAAGAGACAAAAGUACAUCCAGAAGAUGAAUUUUCAAGAAAGAAAGAUACCGUGGCAUCUUUACUGCACGAUAUCAAAACCGAAGUAUCAAAAUUCGAUAAGUUUUGUGUUCUAAAGGGCCUAGACAAGGCAUCAGGUGCAAAGAUUGAUAUGAUGCUUAGUGAUGCCAGAAUGACCAUUUUGCAAAGCGAAUAUCGAGAAAUCCCAUUAGGUUGGGGUGGCCUGAUUGGUGAUGCAUACUACAAUGUCUAUGAGGCUACUUUGGAAGGAAUUGCUCCUCUUAUGCGACAAUCGUUUGACAACCCAUCGUCUCCUGAACCCUCGGCGGUCUGUGCACCAAAGAAAGAUAUGAUGAACACCAAGAGUUUCAUUGGUCUCUAUGCCUUUUUAGCCCAGAAACCACUGGAUGACUAG